AUGGCUCCGGCGAAGAAAAAUGGUUCCCAAACCGAUGAUAGCCAGACCGGCGUUCCACCGGUAAAAAAGCCCAAGCUGGAAGACGCCCCCGAAGACGACGAUGGCGACGCGGACAGCAAUCGCACCGGGCAACAGACUUCUCAACGAAAGCAACACGUUACGGAUCGAUCCAAGCAGUGUCCCUAUCUUGAUACGAUUAACAGACAUCUGCUGGAUUUUGAUUUUGAGAAACUGUGCUCUGUGUCGCUAACGCGCAUCAACGUGUACGCGUGUCUCGUGUGCGGCAAGUACUUCCAGGGCCGUGGAACCAACACUCACGCGUACACGCACUCCGUGGCCGAAUCGCACCAUGUGUUCUUGAACUUGUCGACGCUGAAGUUUUACUGUCUGCCAGAUAACUACGAAAUCAUCGAUUCGUCGCUGGAUGAUAUAAAGUACGUGUUGGAUCCGGUAUUUACGGUGCGCGACAUACGCACGAUAGACCGCGAGGACGUUAAGCAAUCGCGUACGGUCGACGGGACCUUCUACCAUCCGGGUGUGGUAGGUUUGAACAACAUCAAGGCGAACGACUACUGCAAUGUUAUUCUGCAGGCGCUCUCGCAUGUAAAGCCAAUUCGCGAUUUCUUUCUAAUGGAGAAAAACUAUGCCAACAUCAAGCGACCCCCGGGUGAUACGGCGUUUACAUUAGUACAGCGUUUUGGAGAGCUGUUGCGCAAGCUCUGGAAUCCACGCAACUUUAAAGCACACGUUUCGCCUCACGAAAUGCUGCAGGCGGUCGUACUAUGGAGUAACAAGCAGUUUCAGAUCACCAAGCAAGGCGAUCCAAUCGAGUUUCUGUCCUGGUUUCUACACAGUCUCCACAAACAGCUGCGAGGAAAUAAGCAACCGGAUUCGUCCGUUGUCAAUCGAAGUUUCCUUGGUGAGAUGAAAAUUUACACCCGUAAGUUGCCACCGACUGAGCUGGACGAUGUGCAGAAGCAACUGCUGCUAGCCACCGACGAGUAUCAGGAGAAAGAGGAAACGUCUACGUUCCUUUACUUGACAUGCGAUCUACCCGCGACACCGCUGUUCAUCGACGAGCUGCGGGAAAACAUUAUACCACAGGUCAAUCUAUACCAGCUGCUGGCCAAGUUUAACGCGAUCUCAGAGAAAGAAUACAAAACGUACAAGGAUAAUAUUUUGAAACGUUUCGAAAUCACUCGCCUGCCGAAGUACGUCAUCCUGUACAUAAAGCGUUUUACGAAGAACACGUUCUUCUUGGAAAAAAAUCCCACCAUCGUGAACUUUCCGGUCAAAAAUGUGGAUUUUGGAGACAUUUUGACUGAGGAAAACAAGAAAAAACAUCGUUACACGAAGUACAACCUGGUGGCCAACAUCGUGCACGAUGGUGAACCGAACUCCGGCACCUACCGGUGUCACAUUUUACAGAAAAGCACCAAUCAGUGGUACGAAAUGCAGGAUCUGCACGUUACCAGCAUACUACCGCAAAUGAUCACGCUGACUGAGGCAUACAUUCAAAUUUACGAGCUGCAGGAAAACGACGACACGUAGAUGGACUGUAAAUUCCGAAGAGCUCAAAAUUACUCCUUCUCCGGCGCCUUUGAGAUAGCGGGAAAUUCUAAGCAUAUUCCG